CAAAAAUGGGAGCCCUCAGGGCCUUUGUGGUAGUCUUCUCCUUGGCAGUGAUGACAGGAGCUCAGCGUCCUCUCAGCCUACAGUUCCUUGAGGAUGUGCCAACAGCAACUCCAGGUCUCCUUACUACGGUGCCUAUGUCCGAUGCUGAUGUACCAAAGAGUGAGAAAGUUGAGGAGCAUCUACUUGCAGAUAAGAAUCAGAAUGUUACUGAAAUAAAGGACCAGGACCAAAACCUGCAAGACAUCCGAGAGAAAAUCAUGUCAACAAUGCCUUCCUCUGACCAAGCUGAGGCAACCACAGAGGAAGAGAUGUUGCUUAAGGUCUCGACCAUCACUCCUACACCUGAGCCUCUUCCCACGCCACUGCCUGUUCUGAUUAGCAUGGGUGAUGCAGAAGAAAUUUUGAAAAGCUCAGAUGUAGAGAAACCAGUAGGCAAGAAAAAGUCAUCUGUUCCAAAGAAAGGAGUUGCAUAUGAACCACCUUCUGUGGUUCCAAAAAAGAGUGCUGAUCCAGAGAGUGUGAAACCAUCUGUAGUUCCAAAGAAAGGUGUUGAUUCAGAAAAUUUAAAACCAUCUGUGGUUCCAAAGAAAGGUGUUGAUUCAGAAAAUUUAAAACCAUCUGUGGUUCCAAAGAAAGGUGUUGAUUCAGAAAAUUUAAAACCAUCUGUAGUUCCAAAGAAAGGUGUUGAUUCAGAAAACUUAAAACCAUCUGUAGUUCCAAAGAAAGGUGUUGAUUCAGAAAACUUAAAACCGUCUGUAGUUCCAAAGAAAGGUGUUAAUGCUGGACUGGUUAACCCCAUAUUUUCUGAGGCUAAUAUGCAAAUCCCAACCCAGAAAACCCCAACAGGUGUGAAAGAGAGCACAGUAUCAGAUAGUAGUGUAGUGCUACCUAAAAAGUCAAUGUCUAAUCCAUCAUCAUCAGUCAAUGCCUUACCAUCUAGUCUGCAGGAGAAAGCUAGCCAAGCCUGAUUAGCCCCACCAAACCUUUGAAAGGAUCUCCAACCCCAAGCCCAGUAGUACCAGCUGUACAUUUGGCUGGCCAGAAUGAGUCUUCCAACGGCACAAAGCCAGAGAGCAUCCCACCUUCAACGGACUCCAGUGAGACCCACUCAAAGCCAACUGCAGCCAUAGACAACCUUGGUGCAAAUGAGAAGGAUUCAGAGGGCAGUGGUGCAUACACACCAGCUGCUGUGGGGAUCAUAUUGCUCCUAUGCAUUGUUUUCACUGUUAUGAUUUUAGGUAUCCGAAGACUGCAAGAUGUGUGGAUGAGAAGACACUAUGCUCGGGUGGAUUUCCUUAUUGAUGGAAUGUAUGACAUGUAGACAAAUGGCAUCUUGAUUGUUGAAUUUUAUUGUCACAAAAAGAGAUGUGAUACAUAUUUUUAUACUUUUUUUUAGUUUUACAUCAGUUUCAAGUGAGGUUACAUUUUGUACACUUAUUUCAAAUGUUUCAUUUCUGCUUUACAUUUUAAAAAUUAGGGAUACCAAUGAUACUAUUGCAGCUUAGUUUAUUUACUUGUUCUUAAAUGGUGCUUAGUCAUAGUAUUGAUAAGUGGACAGAUUUUUUAAAAAGUGUAAAAGGUAAAAACUCAGGUUUUUAGUCUUGGUAGAGUGUAGCAUACAAUUAGAAACUGCAUAUUUGGAAAUAGAGAUUAUGAUAUAAAUAAUUUAUUCUUUUAAUGUGUUAUUUUGGUGCAUUAGAGUAUUUUAUAUAUACGAAUCUCCAAAUUGCAGUGUAGCAAUAUAGUCACUCGUAAUGAAUACCUAAACUUUGAAGUCAUUUUAAUUAUAUGCUGUAAUGUAAUAUGGAAAUUUAAAAAAUAAAACGAGUUUGCUCAUGACUGACAGA